GAAUCUGAAGCAGUCUCCAGGCUCUGGGCUGUCAUAUGAGCAGCCCAGGUGCCCCUAAGUUUAUUCUAGACUGAUAUGGUCCCCAGAGAGUUUGGCUGUGAUGAAUGGGGUAAAGAAGAUGUUUCCUUUUCUUAAAUUAAGAUUUUACUAAGUUUUCUAUAGAUAAAUGUUGUAGGUGCUUGGAGGGGAAGUAAGUUUUCUAUCAUUGGAAAUAGUGAGAUAUAGACUAGGCAACCUCUUGAAGGCAGUGCUGUAGAAAUUGAAGGUGGUUGUGUGAUAUAGUAAGAAAUAGGUAUUUGCUCCUGGCACAGAGCUCCUAAAACUCUUGGAACUUCCUAAGUCAUAAGAGCCAUGAAGGUGCUUAUGUUAAUGACACGACUUCAGAAGCGCCCUUGGAUAGAGACUGGUUCAGGGAACCAACCACGUAAAUAGAGGUUGGCACUUUCAGUCCCACCCUCAACUUCUGGGGAGGGGAGAGGGGCUGGAGGUUAGAUCAGGCCUCACUGGCCAAUGAUUGCAUCAAUUGCGCCUAUAUAAUGAAGCCUCCAUAAAAACUGAAAAGGGCAGGAUUCACAGAGAUUUGGGGGAGAUUUGGGGAGAUUGGCAUGGAAGCUUCAUGCCCUUUCCCCAUACCUUGUCCUAUGCAUCUCUUCCAACUGGCUGAUGGAAGUUCCUGAGUUAUAUCCUCUUAGAAUAAGCUGGUAAUCUAGUAUGCAAAAUGUUUCUCUGAGUUCUGUGGGUCACUCUAGCAAAAUAGCUAAACUCAAGGUGGGGUAGGCUGUUGGAACCUCCCAACUACAGCCAUUUGGUAAGAAGCACAGGUGACAGCUGUGUCCGAGGUGUGUGUGUAUGUGGAGCAGGGGUAGGUUGGGUGGGUUGGGGAAGUCAUAUAGGAUUUACCCCUUACCUGUGGAAUCUGAUGCUGUCUUGGGGUAGACAGUGUCCACAUUGAAUUGAAUUGUAGAAUGCACAGCUGGUGUUGGAGUAUUGCUUGGGGAAGCCACUCCCUUGCACGUUAGAAUUGGUGCCAGAAUCUUAGAUUCGAUUAGAGAUCUUCAAGGUCCUUCUAGCUGCUAGUCUAGCAGCUCCUGAGGAUAACUUUUGAGCCUUACACUGGUUUAUGGAGUGUUUUUUUUUUUCCAGUAACUUUCUUGCUCUCCCAUGGAUAGCCAAGAUGGUUUACUCAGUGUGCCUUCCAUGGAUACUUGCACAGGUGCUAAGAAAAAUUUGUUUGGAGAAGCAAGCUAAUUCUUUACCUGAAUCCCACAGCCAGCCACCUCUAUUUUUAAACAAGUACUCCUAGUCCAGUUUUUUUUUAAUUAAACUAAUUUUUAGUUAACUCAAUUAAAUAACUAGUUUAAAUUAAACUCACUUAACUAAUUUUUAGAUCAUUGUGCAUUCACGUGCUGUGUAAAAAAUAAUACAGAGAGAUCUCCUAUGUAAACUUUACCCACUUUGGCCAAUUGAAACAUAUUACAAAACUAUAGUAUAAUGUCACAGCCAAGACAUUGACCUUGAUAGAAUCAAGACACAAAACAUUUUCAUGACCACAAAGAUACUUCAUGGUGCCAUUUUUAUGGCCACACGUACUUCCCUCUCACACUUACAUACUACCCCUUAACCACUCAACUGUUCACCCACUUUCCAUUUCUAUAAUUUUGUCAUCUCCAAACUGUUACAUAAAUGGAAUCAUUUAGUAUGUAAGCUUUUAGGAUCGGCUUUAUUUCUCUCAGCAUAGUUCUCUGGAGAUUCAUCCAGGUUCAUUCCUCUUUUAUUGCUGGGUAGAAUUCCAUGGUAUCGAUGUAUCACGGUUUAUUUAAACAUUCACUCACUGAAAGACCUGAGUUGUUUCUAGUUUUUGGUUGUUAUGAAUUAGCUGUUCUCAAUAUCCAAGGAUAUGUUUUAUGAACAGCCUUCUCAUUUCUCUGGGAUAAAUGCCCAAGAGUGUAAUUGUUGGAUUAGAUGGUCCUUGUAUGCUUAGUUUAAGAAAGUGCCACAGUCUUCUCCAGAGUGGCUGUCAUUUUACGUCCUCACCAGCUGUGUUUGAAUGGUCAAGCUUCUUUACUAUCUUGCUAGAAUUUUGUAUUGUCACAAUUUUUUUAUUUAAACUUCUGUGAUAGGUAUGUAGGGGUGUUUGAUUGUGGCUUUCAUUUGCAUGUCCCUAACGGCGAAAGACAUUAGACAUCAUUUCAUAUGCUUAUUUUCCAUCUGCACAUCCUUUUUACUCAAACAUCUCUUCCUGUCUUUUGUCCAUUUUCUAAUCAAAGUGUUUACUUUUUUACUCCAAGUGUGGGAGUUCUUUACAUGUUACCGAUAUUACGUCUAUUGGAUAUGAGGUUUGCAAAUAUUUUCUCCCAGUCUCUAGCUUGUCUUUUCCUACUCUUAAAAGAACCUUUCACAUAGCAAAUGGUUUUAGUUUUCAUGAAGUCUAGUUUGUUUAUUUUUCAUCUUGUGGAUCAUCUCUCUCCUGGAUGAUUGCAGUAGGACCACUGUUAUUUAUUUUUUUAAGUAGGCCCCACACCCAAUGUGGGGCUUGAGCUUACGACCUUGAGAUCAAGAGUUGCUUGCUCUACAGACUGAGCCAUGCUAGUGCCCCAAUAGAUCCCCUGUUUUCUUGAUUCUGCCCUUAACUACCAGUUGGCUAUUGUUAACAGAGCAGAAUGAUCUUUUUAAAUGUAAUUGCUUGCUCAAGAUUCUCCACACUUCCCAUGUCACUCAGAAUAAAAGCUAGUCUUGACAGUAGCUUACAAUCUGGUCCCUCAUUAUCUAUCUGACCUCUUUUCUUACCGUUCUCUUCGGCUCUCAGUUCUGGUUACACUGGCUUCCUUGGUGAUAGUCUAUCAGGCCAAGCAACCCUUGAUCCAGGGCUCUAACCUCUUCUUUUCGUGUGGAAAAUAGAACCUUAGCUGUAAACUUUCUUAUUUCUCUCAGGUCUUACUGAAAAGGGAUCUUUUUAGUAAAGGCUUCCAUGAUUUCCCAUUUAACAUAGAAAUGACCCAUUUCUUACAGACCCAAAUUCAGUUUGUUUUAUUUUUCUUCAUGCUACUUGUCAAUAUCUAACCUACUACAUAUUUGAUGUAUUUGAAAAGAUGACCUGUCUUGUCUUCCAGAAUUAAACUCCUUGGGAGAAAAUGCUUUUGUCUGUUUUGUUCAUAACUGUUCAACUGCAGGAUCUAGAGAGCUUGUCACAUAGUAGAGACUCAAUAAGCAUUUACAGAACGAAGAAUGAAGAAAUGAAGGAAUGAGUAAAGUAUGUCCCAGCGUGGAGAAUCUGCACUGGUACCACUGGAAUAAUCUUUUCUUUUGUGAAGAGAGGUUUGCUUCCUUGAGAAAUUCUGGAUCUAGGAAACAUGCCUUAAGAAUCUUUCUUCUUCUAAAUAAACAAACAAAAACAGAAACAGACCUACAAAUAUAGAGAACAAACUGAUGGCUAUUAGAGGGGAGGGGCAAAAUGGGUGUAGUGGGAAAAGAAGGGGAUUGUCUUCCUUGGAAUGAAGGGAUUAGAACUCUUAAUGAAAUUUCAACUCCUGAUGAAGUCAUAAUCAUCAGGGCUUACUAAUGCUAAAUAUUGAAAGGCUGAUGGGAUCGUUAUGGUGGAGGGGCUAAGCCGACAGCACUGGAACCCACUGAUUAAUCUCAACAUGGUUAAACAUGGGACAACCUUAUGUGCUUACUGUUGUGAUUUAAUCGGAAGGCACACAACACCACUUAUAAAAUAAUCUUGCAAUAAGGAGAAACUGAAUUGAAAACUAAUUAAUUUUCUAGAUCUAACUGCCUGUUUGGAAGGAAUUAUGGGUAAUAUAAGAACAUCUUAAAUGACAUCACAAGAUACCACCAACCAACUCCAUGCUGCAGAAAAUACUACAGGAUAAAUGAUUUAGUUUCUUCAACAAAUAAAUGCCCCCUAAAAGGGAUUCUCCAAGAAACAGGAAGAUUGAAUCUCAUCAGCAAAUUCUCACAAGGGGGUAUUUGUCCUGUUUUCACUCUCCCUGCUUGGAGACUGAUGUUCCACACGUCCUUUCAGAUUUGGACUUGCCUUUGUCCAGUGGACUUCUGGGAGCCUGCCUCAUUCCAGCACACCAGUACUCCCCCCGGAUCACGGCCACUGCCCCAAAAGGGGGUGUCUCUCAUUUUAGACUGGGAUCAGAAGGAUCCAGAUGGGUUGCCGCUUAUAACUGGUAUACAUUUCAGCCCACGAGCAGAGGUGUGCAAGAAAUAGUAUGAAAUUGUUUUUGUAACUCCACUUAAUUUGUAUUUUAAGCCUGGAUCCCGCUGAAGUCCUGUUUGGAUUUCUACCCAUCCCUCUUCGGAAAUCAUACAGAGCCACAGUCAUGAGGGUUGAGGUGAGAGCAUGAUUACUGUUUAGGGGGGUAUACACUUGUAGCUUAGAGGUCCAGUGGCUCGGUUGCCAUGUUUCCUUUUGGUUUGGUGACUCUUGUGUCAUGGGUGGGACAGGUUGGUUCUGCUCAUAUGCACAACACAGCCAUCUCCUCCGAGAGUUUUUGCCAUAUCUAACCCUCUGACCGCACUUUAGAGAUUCCUUUUCUUUCAUGGUCCACGGACCUCUCUGUGAUGAUAUAGAUCUUAAGCUAGCAGGAAAAGAAGACAGUAAGUGUAUAAUUUCAAAGUUCCUGCUUCUGAUAGGUUUCUGCUCAAGUAUCCUCACUUUUCUAUGGAGUUUGGGAUUUUAGAAAUAAAAGCCCAGAUGAUAAGCACAGUAUUGCUGCUUUCAGCCCUGCACGUCCUUCCUCUGGCCAGUGAACCCAGAGCCUGCUUCCCACUUGAAUGCAGAAGGGAAAGGGUAAAAAAUAAAGGGAGAAAGGGAAAAAAAUCAACUAGAACAGAUUCGCAUCUCAAAAUAUCCUUUCACUCUUAAGAAGAUGAGAGUUGAAUUCCAGGGAAAGGUUCCAUUGGGAAAAAGGAAUGACUCUUGAAAAUAGGGUCUCUGCAUUUGCAAAGGCUGUGUGGGAUCCAGGUCCCCAGAAUGCUCUGACAUCAUCAGUGAGGUCAGAGAACUCUGCUGUGGGCCUGGUGACCUUUGAACCUUAACAGCCCUGUGCUGCAGCGAACCCUGGGCAGUGCUGCUCAUUCUCUGAGCCAUCUGACGUCCUCAGCCAUUUAGGGGACUCAACUAUUUUUGCUUAUAUUGGGCCAUUUCAUCAUAUAUUCUGAGAGUCAAGAAGGGCCAACCAGCGAGGGAAAAGAAGAGCUGGGGGUUAGGUGUCUUCUAAGAAGCUUCUGUAGCUGGUACCAUGAAACAGCGACAAAAGAGGAAACAUCUGGAAGAUGAAGAGUCCCAGGAAACGGCUGAGCAGGGAGGAGGAGUCUCAAAGUCGCAGGAGGAUGCCCUUCAGCUUGGAUCCCCUGGGGUGGCCAAAGGCUGGGACGCAGGGGUAGGGGAGGUGUCCUCUGCCUCUGAAUAUUUCUCCUGUGUUUCUUCUCCACGCAAGUUCAUCCAUGGUGGAAUCCGGAGAGUACAUCGAGACAGUCCCCAGCCUAGAUCACCCCUAGUCCAGGGUCAGGAGCGAGGGGAGACUGCUCCCCCCUCACACCAGGUCUCCUUCUCGUCCCCUUCAUCCUAUAAGACCUGUGUGUCCUCUGUGUACAGAAACAAAGAGGAAAGGGGCAUGAAAAUAUACUACAUGCAGGUACAAAUGCAAAAGGGUGUGGCUGUCUCCUGGGAGACAGAGGAGACCUCGGAGUCACUAGAGAAGCAGCCGAGGAUGGAAGAAGUGACCCUUCCUGAGAACGUGCGGGUAGGUACUCCCCCCUCUGAUGUGUCCACCAGAAACCUGCUGUCUGACAGCGAGCCCAGCGGGGAGGACAAGGACCACGAGGAGCGGGCAGAGUCAGACAGCCCUCCAGGCUCACCCACUGUUGAGGAGAGACCCAGGGCCAAGACCCCCGACUGGCUGGUGACUGUGGAGACUGGCUUCCGAUGCAUGGCCUGCUGCCGGGUCUUCUCCACCUUGGAGGUCCUCCGGGAGCACGUCCAGUACGGGAUCAGGGAGGGCUUCAGCUGCCAUGUGUUCCACCUCACCAUGGCUCAGUUGACGGGCAUCGUGGAACCUGAGUGCACCCAGGAGGAGGAGGAGGAGAACGAGGAGGAAGGGGAAGAGAAGCAGGAAGAAAAGGACGAGAAGGAGCAGCCCGCGCAGGCGGACCCUCGCGUGAAGCGACCCUGACGCCAGUGCCCAGGCUGUGUGUUUCAUUCUCCAAAGGACAACAACAAUUGAGAUCCAUGAGCCAUAAAUUCCUGGAAGACGGUGUGGCCUUCUUUUGGGAGAAGGAGAAGAAAGGAUCCUGGGGAUAGUAGCAGAUAAAAUGCCAAUGAUGUGAAGAAAGAUGAAGGAACCGGCAUUCAAUCUGGCAUCACAGGAAAAUAUAAAUACCAUAUGCAAUAAAGGCUGUUUUCCAAACCUUA